AUGUCCCCAACUAGCGAUAAUUUUUCGGAAGACAAAACAAGUGGAAGUGAAUAUUUACCAUCAGAAGAUGAUUCUGAUACAUGUGACCAAUCAAACAAAACAGAUUUUAGGUAUAUCACUGAAAACAUCAGGCCAGUAAGUACUAAAACUGUGCGAAAGCGAAUCACAGUGAACAAAAAGAGAAUCAUCCGGCAAAAUAUUUUUACUCCACAAUCCAAUAUAAUGCCAGAUUCCACAACAUCUCCAUGCGCGAAUUUUAUAGCUUCAUCCCCUCCAUUUAGUCUGUGUAGUUCUAGCGAGGUUAGUACUCAGCAAACGUCUUCAAACAUACCUUCAUCAACUUGUCAUGAUAUAAACAGACCUUCAUUAAGUUUUCAUGAUAUGAACAGACCUUCAUCAAGUUUUCAUGAUUUGGACGAAGGAUCUGCUAUUGGUGAACGAGAACGUACCAUCAAAGUUAUUGGAGCUACUAAAGAAAAAGGAAAAUUAGUUCGCAAUAAAGGCCAAGCUUGCUAUUUUUGCCAACGAAUAGUCCAAAACGCGGCUAGACAUUUUGAGCUAUUACAUAAGAGGGUGGGUAAUUUCUACCACAACACCGAAGUUCUGGCUACAAAAAAAGGCAACCUAAUAUUAGUUCGACGUCCAACAGAAGAUGAAUCAAGAUUUUCGACCGCAACAGACUACGGACCUUGCCCGUUUUGUUUAGGAUUUAUGUUGAAAAAGCACCUAUGGCAUCACGUAAAAAACAGUUGUACUGCUAAGCCUCAAAAAGACGAUCAGAAUACUGGUCGGCACGUUAUUGCUGAGAGUCAUGCCUUAUUAAACGAUGCAUUUGGUAGAGAUUUCUCAACUGAUUUUGUUGCGAACAUAUUGUCCAAAUUACGAGAUGAUGACAUAGGAAUAUAUUGCAAGGAAGAUCAAUUAAUUCAACGAUAUGGUGCUAUGAUGUUCGAGAAAUAUGGAACCACACAAUGCGAACUAAUAAGACAAGGGAUGAGACAACUCGCUCGCUUAACUUUAAAGUUGCGUGAAAUUGACAAAUCAAAAAGGCAAUUGACAGAUUUUCUUGUACCAGAAAUGUUUGAUCUAAUAAUUCAAGGAACGAAAUCUCUAUGUGUCACACAUCAAAAUAUUGCACUAAGACCUGAAUUUGAGUUACCGUCACUAGCAUUGAAAAUUGGAAGAUCUGGGGAAGCCGCACGAAUGACACUUGUUGCCUAUUCGUCAAGGCCUAAAUGGUCUGAUCAAUCUACAGAGGAGCUAAAACAUUCUCUCACCGACUUUGAGAAAAAAUUAGCCGACCAGCUCACAUUAGUAGAAAUUGUCGGUAAACGAGGUAGAAAAGUACCAGUACUUCUAACGCAGGACGUUAAAUCUUCAGUGGAUAAACUCAUCCAGACCAGAGAAUCUCCAGGUGCGAUCAAGAAACCAAAGAUCGCUCCAGCCCUAAGGAAAUCCUCUGUCGUCCAGGUUGCACCAAGAGAGGCAGUAGCUAAGUCAAAAACCAGUGACCGACGCCCAUGGUCUUCUGAAGAAAAGGAAGCCGUUUUUCAAUUUUUCAAAAGUUCAAUCAAACGAGGAGUUGUACCUGGAAAAGAGGAUUGUACCAAAUGUAUACAAGAAAUGGUUGAUGCCAGUGCAAAGAUGCCAUCAGGGAUCACCGAGGCAAACUUCAACUGGUUGGGUAGAUACGAUCAGUGCCUCAAUAUCCUAAACUCAGAGAAAAAUAUCCAUGGAAAAUACUGCUUGGUUACAGCUACAUUUAAUGGCAGUGAAGCUGUUGCAACUCUUGAGCAUUCUUUUGAGCGCACUUAUAUGGAAUACAGAGGAACGUUGGAUAGCGAAAAUAAGAAGGAAAAAUUUGUUACGGCCUAUUUAGGUAUAUGCCUGCCUGAUCAGUGCAUGGAAAUUGAUGUACAAAAGGCCUUUGCUAAUGCACUAUCAGCUCCAUGGAAUGCUAAAUGCCAAACUAAGAAAAGUGUUAACAAGCGUUUGGAUCUUGGUGCUAUUAUUACCAUAUGUUUUUUUGGAGUUUUUAUAAUACUUUUAACAGCAUCAACAAUAUAUGAUUUACUUACAAACGACAAUAAACAACACCCACUUCUACUAUCAUUCUCCAUACGAACAAACUCUAAGAAAUUAUUUUCCUAUGAAAAGGAAAGCUCAUCAGAAGAUUUUUUAUGUGUGCACGGCUUACAAUUUGUAAGCAUCAUUUGGGUUAUUGCCGGACAUCAUUCUGUAGCACGUUUUCUUUUGGAACCUUUAUCAAAUUUCAAAGAUAUGGUUUCGUGCAUCAUAGUUAUGCUAUGGAUCAUUACACUUAUAGCAAUGCCAGUAUGUGUCCUGGUAGGUACUGAUAGAUUACUUGACGAAGAAUACCAUCCCUACGAUCAUGCCGUGUAUAAUGCACUUACGAGACCAGCAUGGGGACUGUGCGUAGCAUGGCUCUACAGCUUUUGGGGCGGCCUAACAGCGUCUAUCGCUGUAUCCGUAUUUUGGGUGUUGGCCUUUGAAUAUCCAAUUUUCCAAAUACAAAAAUAUUUUCUGGGCGAGAAAAACAGUGAAAACAUUAAGGAUAAUAUGAUAGAAACCCAAACCAAAACACCGAGUGCGAAACUAGAAAAAUGGUGUAAAACACACUUUUAA